CCGGUGCUCAGUCACCCCCGCUCUCCGCCCCCCCGAUGCUACCCGGUCGGGCUUGGCUGUGGGAGCGUAAUGGCGGUGCACCGGGGACCCUCAACGAAAUGGCUCUUCACCCGGGAACAGCUUGAAAACACGCCGUCUCGACGCUGCGGCAUCGAGGCCGACAGGGAGCUUUCGUACCGACAACAAGCCGCCAACCUCAUCCAAGAUAUCGGCCAGAGGCUCAUCGUCUCUCAACUGAUCAUCAACACCGCUAUAGUGUACAUGCACCGAUUUUAUAUGAUUCACUCUUUAACCAAGUUCCACAGAAAUAUUAUUUCCCAAACAACAUUGUUCCUGGCAGCCAAGGUUGAGGAGCAGCCCCGGAAGCUGGAGGACGUCAUUAAAAAAGCUCACGCCUGCAUAAACCCCCAAGAGCCUGCCCUAGACACUAAAAGCAAUGCAUUCCAUCAGCAGUCACAAGAGCUUGUAGCACUUGAAACCAUUGUCUUGCAAACGCUAGGUUUUGAAAUAACUAUAGAUCAUCCGCACACAGAUGUUGUGAGGUGCUCCCAGUUAGUAAGAGCAAGCAAGGAUUUGGCACAGACUUCCUAUUUCAUGGCUACCAACAGUUUGCACCUCACCACGUUCUGCCUGCAGUAUCGGCCUACCGUGGUCGCCUGCGUCUGUAUUCACCUCGCCUGCAAAUGGUCCAACUGGGAGAUCCCCGUGUCGACCGACGGAAAGCACUGGUGGGAGUACGUGGACCGAACGGUGACGCUGCAACUGCUGGAUGAGCUCACGCACGAGUUCCUUCAAAUCCUGGAGAAGACGCCGAGCAGGCUGAAGAGGAUACGAAAUUGGAGGGCCAUUCAAGCUGCUAAGAAGCCAAAGACUGAAGGCGCCUCUACGGACGGCACAUUCCAGGGAGCUUCCUUAGACAACCUGUCCGGCGUGGCCGGCUCUUUCUUCCCUUCCACCUCGUCGUCGGACGCUGCCGAAAUAUCCCUCGGCGCCGUGACGGGCCCCUACGCCUCUUACCAGCCGCUUGGCGACCCUUUUUCACAGCCCUCUCAUUCGGACUUCACUUUGUUAAAACACGAACACAAAACGGCCGCCGCGUGUAAUUCCCUGCAGCCGACGGCGAACGCCGCGCCUUUUUUGCGGCCGCAGAAAGUCUUAACUCUGGAAAAGUACAGGGAGAAACAGGCAGCCGAGCUGGCCAUGCACAACGGCGUCAAGGACGAAGCCGGCGCGGACCUCUACGCGCCGCCCGCAGUUGCCUCACACCACCACAAGAAGCGGUGCCAGGUGCCGCCGGGCGGCCAGUCGGGCGAAGGCAGGCGAGAGAAAUCCGGCUCAAAAAAGACUCGCGCGCCUGUUGCGCUCACUGAAAACGGCUCGGCCGCCGGCGAGGAGCUCAAGAUGAGGAUCAAAGUUUCAUCGGAGCGCCACGGCGGUUCCGAUCAAGGCAAAGACAAGCACAAGGAGUACGCCGGUCACCGUCACUCCAAACACGGCCACUCCCACCCGUAUUCCCUGGGCGCCUCCGCGUCCCAGCGGGCUCCCGGCGCCGACUCUGGUUCGGGCUCCUCGCGAAAGAGGCCCCAGCCGGACGGAGGACGACACCACAAUCACCACCACUCGUCCAAGAGCGGCCGGAGCUCGAAGGCGGCCGUCGGCUCGUCGCGCUACUCCGACGGCGGGCAGCGGCUAACGGAGCACCACGGCCACGACGGUACCAACGGCCUGCUGACGGCCAACGGCCAACACACUGACUACAAAGACACUUUUGAUAUGCUGGACUCUUUACUAAGUGCCCAAGGAAUGAACUUAUAACCUCCAGUGUUGUCCACGUGCUACAGCAUUGAAUAGACUUUAAAAAUAUAUAUUUUGUCUUAAGUUAUAUGAAAUGCGAAGCUGUCCAACGUAACAGCUUUAUGCGACAAGGACGUCUUUUGAUUUUCUUUUCACAAUUUUAAUGUGCAUGUAUGAAGUUUUAAAACAAAGGGAAGCCGCAUAGCUAGUGCUUGCAGCCAUCACUGCAGUUUACAUGGUUAUUAAUUUAUGUAUUUUCUUUUUAAUGUUCCACUGAAAAUCUCAGGUCAUUAACUUUUUUAAUAGAAUAUGAAAUGGUUGGGCUGAAGUACCUGCUUGUGUGAAGACUCACUGCCUCGCCCGUUAUAAAGACACCAGAACCUCGGUACCUCCCUGGGGCGGUCUGCCUUCAUCCCCCCUCGAUUAUUUUGCUCAAGUCUACUCCGAGCUCCACAGACGGUCCACGAUUAGAGCUGGUGCGACAUCUGUGAAAAAUGCAUUUCUGUCGACUGAAAUUGCAAGAGGCAUUUUGAUUGUACCGCGAGUCGAGACACCUUCAAUGGGGGUGCGAUAAAUGUAAAUGUCCGAAAAUACCAACGUCUGCUAUAAGAUGGUGUAAAUAGGACUGCAUUUAACAUGAAUAGUUGUCGGUUGACACCUUCGAUGUCUCUUAAAAUCUAAAGCCUACACUUUCUAUUUGUGUAUUGGGAACCCAAAUAAAGGUGUUAAAAUGAUUCGGG